UCACGGGGUUGCGUCGCAGUGUUGUUUCCUUCUCGGUAACUUCGGUUUCGAGUUUCUCCUGUUUACCAGGAGCUGGCAAAACGUUUCUACUUUCGGCCUCUCCUGUGUCUCACAGGUUUUAAAAUAUAAAGCUUUGACGAAGAAGAAAACUGUGGAGAAUCAGUGUCGUUGAAGCGGCUGUAUGAUGAAGUGUUUGUGGAUUUUCCUCCCAGCUCUCCUUCUUGUUUCUGGUUUGGCGACAGUUUUGGCCGACGAGUCCACACCUGAGCACGUGUGUGAGACAAAAAAUGGGACAAGCUGUGAGGAAUGUCUGAGAAAUGUGACGUGCCUCUGGUGCAUCAAGACAGAGUUAUGUGUAACGUAUCCGGUGCAGACCAUCCUUCCACCCCAUUCACUUUGCCCGCUAGAUGACGCCCGCUGGGGACUCUGCUGGAUGAACUUCCAGACGUUGAUAAUCACCCUGUCUGUGCUUGGUGCGGUUCUCAUCAUUGCUGUCUUGGUCUGCAUGUUCUGCUGCUGCAAGUGUGAGAACUUUGGAUCCAAACGAUUUGAGGCCAAGAUGGAGAGACAGGCCAAUAAGACGAAAACCAAGCAGGAGGAAAGGAGAGCGGAGAUGAAUCAGAGACACCAGGAGAUCAGGCAAAAAUACGGGCUGAGUGGGCCAAACCCAUAUGCAAGAUUUUCCUGAGAUCCACAAGUGGAGCUUUUUGAACCAAGGACACAUCUGAUGAUCUGCUGCUUGGUUUUUGGCAGUAAAAAUGUGCAUAAUUCAAUAUUUAAUGGAAACUUAAAGGGCUGAAAUGGAAAUUUAAAGCAGUUUUCUGUAGGCAGCCUGCAGAGUUGACAAGCUGAUAAAUGAGUUGAUUCAAACGGACCCAAAAGGCUUUCACUGAAGCUAAAAUGGACACAUGGGGCUGUAGUGUUUUUUCCAAGCCGGAGGAGUUUUCUCUUUGGUUCCUUUUAUUAGUAUUUGGUUUAAUUGUGCAAAAUGGAAGUCAUUUUGAUUGUAAACGAUAAUCUUCUACGUAUAACUACCUGUAACUGCACAGUUUCAGAGUUGCUGCUCAAUCCAAAACCAUAACUGGAGAUGUUAUUUUUUGUUACAACUCUUUUUGUUUCUGAUUAUCUUUCUAAUAUUUCUAAAAGCAAUUAUGAUUGUAUUGUUGCUUGUUCCUUUAGGAAUAACAUUUUUGCAAAACAUAUUCACAAUGGUGUGUGAAAAGCUUAAUCACUGAUGUAUUUUAGAUCAUAAUCAACUUUAGUCUUUAGUAUUAGCCUUGUUUUACUGCUGUUUGUGUAUGAAGUUACAAUCUUAAUAAAACAUUUUACACUGUU